UGGCACAUUGUAUCGUUCACAGCUCGAGCCCAGAAACUGAUGAACGCACAAAUAGUCCUGUCAGUGCAGUCGGAUCGGCAUCAGUUGAUAAUGUUUUAAAAGUAGAGCGUUUUAAAGAGACGCGUUUCAAUUGACGAAAUGGGAAUAAAAAUAUAAUUUUCUCGCGAGUGCACUGUGGACCGAAUCCUUUAGUGAUGUUGCAGUGCGACAGGUUACACCAGCUCUGUGCGCCCCUUAAGCUCCUUCAUACUUCUCCUGCUGCCAUUGACUUUAAGCGAAUUGCCAAUAUUUUAAAAAAUCUGACGACCGGUCACUUCUCCUCGAUGUCAUUUAGAAGCAGGGACGCUGAAGUACACAACCUCACACUUCCCCAGAAUAAGUCUUCAGAUAUUCUUCAUGAUGAAAUUGAACAGAUGUGAAGAGACAUGAAUGCAAAACUUCCAUAGUACUUCCAGAAUUUUCUGCUUUUAUUUCAGAUUUACAGCAUCUGCAGUUUUUUUUUGCUUUUUGCUCUAUUUGGUCUCUCAGGUAGACACAAAAGAAUCUAGAAAACAGCAAGACAUACUGUUUAUCGAUUACAGCUCGGUGUUCAACACCAUCAUCCGCUCAGUACUAAUCAACAAACUUCAAAAUCUGGGCCUCUGUACCUCCCUCUGCAACUGGAUCCUUGACUUUCUUAUUGGGAGACCACAGUCAGGGCGUAUUGGUAAUAACAUCUCCUCCUUGCAGACAAUCAACACAGGCCCACUGCUGUACUCUCUCUACACUCAUGACUGUGUGGCUAGGCACAGCUCAAGCGCCAUCUAUAACUUCGCCAAUGACACCACUGUUGUUGGCAGAAUAUCAGAUGGCGAUGAGGAGGCUUACAGGAGUGAGAUAGAUUGGCUGGUUGAGUGGUGUCACAACAACAACCUCGCACUCAACGUCAGCAAGACCAAGGAAUUGACUGUGGACUUCAGGAAGGGGAAGUCGGGAGAACACACACCAGUCCUCAUUGAGAGGUCAACAGUGGAAAGGGCGAGCAGCUUCAAGUUCCUGGGCGUCAACAUCUCAGAGGAUCUAUCCUGGGCCCAACACAUUGAUACAAUCACGAAGGAGGCACAGCAGCGGCUCUACUUCAUUAGGAGUUUGAGGAGAUUUGGUAUGUCACCAAAGACUCUUGCAAAUUUCUACAGAUGUGCGGUGGAGAGCAUUCUGACUGGUUGCAUCACCGUCUGGUAUGGAGGCUCCAUUGUGCAGGAUCGAAAGAGGCUGCAGAGCGUUGUAGACUCAGCCACUCCAUCACGGGCACAACCCUCCCCACCAUCGAGGACAUCUUCUCAAGAAGGUGGCAUCCAUCAUUAAGGACCCUUACCAUCUGGGACAAUCCCUCUUUGUGUUACUACCAUCAGGGAGGAGGUACAGGAACCUGAAGACCCACACUCAGUGUUUUAGGAACAGCAUCUUCCCCUCCACCAUCAGAUUUCUGAAUGAUCCAUGACCCCAUGAACAGUACCUCGUUAUUCCUCUUUGCACUAUUUAUUUAUUUUUGUAACUUACAGUAAUUUUAAUGGCUUGUAUUGUAUUGCUGUUGCAAAACAGCAAAUUUCACGACAUAUGUCUGUGCUAACAAACCUGAUUCUGAUUUCAUAGUACUAUUUUAAAGGAAGACAGAAGUGUCCUGACCAAUAAUUUUUCUUUACCCAUCAUUAUGUAAAUAGAUUAUUUGGGCAUUAACAGGUUGUAUAUGAGAGCUUGUACUGUGCAAAUUUGGUACAGCAAUUUUUACUUUACAUCAUCACUUCAUCACUAGUUGUAAAGCACUUUGAGACAUUCUGAAAGGAAUAUGAAGUGCUUUAUAAAUGCAAGUCUUUCUUUCACUUCAGUCAAACUAGUGGUACAGGCUGAGCAGGUACUUUCCAUUAUGUUAUCCCAGGCUAUCCUCUUAUUGGUUAUGACAAUGUGAAGCAGAUCUGCAUCACCAGAAGCCUAAAAACAGUUUAUUUGGUUACACUGUCAGAGAAAAAUAUAUGGAUGGGAGAAAGGAUAUUCUAAAGUCUGGAGAAGAAAUCGAUA